AUGGCUGCCAUCGCCAAAGCAGCGGCCUCGUUCGCCGCCAUCGCAUACCUCGAUGCCAAGCACGGCCUCGCCAACGACCUCAUGCUCGGUCGCGGCGCAUCCGUCGGCGAAUGGAGGCACAAGUAUCGCACCUGGCGCAACAAACUCUCGCUCUACGAGUACUUUGACAACCAGGCCCAGAAGCGUCCCGACGCCAUCGCCUACGUCUAUCUCGGCAAAAACUUCACCUGGGGCCAGGUCGCCAAGGACGUCCACCGCCUCGCCAACUACCUCCUCUCGCGCGGCUUCAAGGCGGGCGACCGCGUGGCCAUCUUCAUGGGCAACUCGGUCGCCAUCCUCGAGUGGUUCUUUGCUUGCAUGUGCAUCAACGUCGUGCCCGCCUUUAUCAACAACUCGCUCACCGGAAAGGGUCUCGUCCACUGCGUCUCGGUCGCGCGCGCAAAGCUGCUCGUCUACGAGCCAUACCUCGAGGGUCCCAUUGCCGACGUUCAGGACGAGCUGCUCGCCAAGUCGCCCAUCGAGAACUUUCUCAGGUACGACGACGGCCUCACGCCUCUCGACGGUGAUGCCGAAAAGCCACCUGCACAGGUAGCCAAGCCGCUGCAGAAGGUCAUCGCCUUUGGUCCCGCCGAGCUCGAGAAGUACUCGCCCAAGAGGAUUCCGGACAAGUACAGGAAGGAUGUGCAGGAGGCGACCACCGCCGCACUGAUCUACACCAGUGGCACCACCGGCCUGCCCAAGGCUGCACUCUGCUCGCACGGAAGGAUGGGCACCGCCGUCAGCGUCUGGCCCACCUUCAACUCGUUCGGCCCCAAGGAUCGCAUCUACACGCCCAUGCCCCUCUACCACUCGUCGGCGCUCUUCCUCUGCAUCUGCGCCUCCCUCUGCUCCGGAAGCACCGUCAUCAUCGGUCGCAAGUUCUCCGCACGCAAGUACUGGGACGAGGUGCGCAAGUACGACGCCACCGUCGUCCAGUACAUUGGCGAGAUUGCACGCUACCUCCUCGCCGUGCCGCCCUCCCCCCUCGACAAGCAGCACAAAGUUCGCAUGGCCUACGGCAACGGAAUGCGCCCCGACGUCUGGAACAAGUUCAGGGACCGCUACGGCGUCCGCACCAUCUCGGAAUUCUUUGCCUCGUCCGAAGGUAACGGUGCGCUCAUCAACUACAACACCGGUCCUUUUGGUGCCGGUGCCGUCGGCCGUCUGGGUACACUCGCCAGAAAGCUGCGUCCGGACUUCAAGAUCAUCCGUGUCGACCCGAUCACCGAGGACAUCUACCGCGACCCCAAAACGGGCCUGUGCGUAGAGUGUGCUCAUGGCGAGGCGGGCGAGUUUGUCAUGCGCAUCGGCAACACCUCCAUCUCCAAGUUCCAGGGCUACGCCGACAACCCGGAAGCCACCAACAAGAAGCUGCUCAAGGAUGCGCUUGCCAAGGGCGACGCCUGGUUCCGCAGUGGCGAUCUCAUGACCAAGGAUGCAGAUGGCUUCUUCUACUUUGGUGACCGUAUGGGCGAUACCUUCCGAUGGAGGAGCGAAAACGUCUCCACCACCGAAGUCGCCAACGCACUCGGCGAAGUCGUGGGCGAAGCCAACGUCUACGGUGUCCUCGUCCCCAAACACGACGGCCGUGCAGGCUGCGCUGCCAUCCCCGCAGAAUACGCCCAGGAUCUCGACUUCAAGCUCCUCGCCGCUACCGUGCGCAAGUCGCUCCCCAAAUACGCCGUCCCCCUCUUCAUCCGCAUCGUCCCCAACAUGGAACAAACCGGAACCGUCAAGCAGCAAAAAGUUCAGCUCCGAAACCAGGGCAUCCAACACAACCUCUGUGGCGAAGACAAGCUCUACUGGCUGCCCCCCAACGCAGACGCAUACCAACCCUUCCUCCCCGAACACUACAAGAGCAUCGAGGACGGAAAAGUCCAUCUCUAA